UAACUUACUAUGUGUUUUUAUUGCCAUUUGGUCUCUGCACUGGGCAGAAACACCCUAAAACCCCAGCAGAGCAGUGUGUGGCGGAGCUGCUGUCAUGUUAUCUAAGAAGUGGGCUUUGGCGGUUCUGCUGCUGCAGCUCUGUGGUGCUGGCUGUGGAUUCUGUGGAAAGGUUCUGGUAUGGCCCGUGGACAUGAGCCAUUGGCUUAAUAUAAAGACCAUUCUAGAGGAACUCACAAAGAAAGGACAUGAGGUAACAGUGCUGACUUUUCCACAUACUCAGCUCAUAGACUACAGGAAACCUUCCCCACUGAACUUCGUGGUAUUACAUCCGGAAUUUCCAAAAGAAUUAAUGGAGAAAGCACAAAACAAAUUUGUGGAUGUAAUUUUGAAUGACUUGCCAAACUUAACACCCUGGCAAUCCACAGUAAGACUGAAUGAUGUUUUUAUUGAACUAACUGGAACUCUGAAAACCCUUUGUGAGAAUGCAGUCUACAAUCAGACUCUCAUGAAGAAGCUCCAGGGAACCAACUACAAUGUAAUGCUUAUAGACCCUGUGAUGCCCUGUGGAGAGCUGGUGGCUGAAUUGCUUGCAGUCCCUUUUGUGCUCACAUUAAGAGUGUCUAUGGGAGGCAUGAAGGAGAAACACUGUGGGAAACUUCCCACUCCCAAUUCCUAUGUUCCUGUUCAGAUGGUGGGACUUACCGACCGAAUGACCUUUCUGGAAAGAGUAAAAAAUACAAUGCUUUCUCAUUUCUUUGACUUAUGGAUCCGGGAUUAUGACAUUCAUUUUUGGGACCAGUUUUACAGUGAGGCAUUAGGAAGACCCACUACAUUAUGUGAAACUUUGGGGAAAGCUGAAAUUUGGUUAAUUCGAACAUAUUGGGAUUUUGAAUUUCCUCGUCCAUACCUACCUAAUUUUGAAUUUGUUGGAGGAUUACACUGCAAACCUGCCAAACCAUUACCUAAGGAAAUAGAAGAAUUUGUCCAGAGCUCAGGCAAAGAUGGUAUUGUGGUGUUUUCUCUGGGUUCGGUCAUCCAAAAUCUCACAGAAGAAAAGGGCAAUCUUAUUGCCUCAGCCCUUGCCCAGAUUCCACAGAAGGUUUUAUGGAGAUACAAAGGGAAGAAACCAGCCAAAUUAGGAGCUAAUACUCAGCUCUUUGACUGGCUACCCCAGAAUGAUCUUCUUGGUCAUCCAAAAACCAAAGCUUUUAUCACUCACGGUGGAGCCAAUGGCAUCUAUGAGGCAAUCUACCAUGGGGUCCCUAUGGUGGGAGUUCCCAUGUUUGCUGAUCAGCAUGAUAACAUUGCUCACAUGAAGGCCAAAGGAGCGGCUAUGGAGGUGAACAUGCACACAAUGACAAGUGCUGACUUGCUCAAGGCCGUGAGAACAGUCAUUAAUGAUCCUUCCUAUAAAGAGAAUGUGAUGAGAUUAUCAAGGAUUCACCAUGAUCAACCUGUAAAGCCUCUAGAUAGAGCAGUCUUCUGGAUCGAGUAUGUCAUGCGCCACAAAGGAGCCAAACACCUGCGGCCAGCUGUCCACAACCUCACCUGGGUCCAGUUCCACUCUUUGGAUGUGAUUGGGUUCCUGCUGGCCUGUGUGGCAUCUGCUAUAUUCUUGAUCACAAAAUGUUGUUUAUUUUCUUGUCGAAAAUUUGGUAAAGCAGGAAAGAGAAAAAAGAGAGAAUAGAUCUUUCCAACUUAGGCAAAGACUUGAAUGGACAAACCUGUUUAUUCCUGCACCUCCUUCUUGUUUUCAAUUUUUAAAUUCCUCUUUUUUUAGCCUAAAGAAACAGCCUAGAAUUCCACAAGAUCAUUAACUGAUGAGCAUGUCCCAUUCUUCCUUUAUAGCCUCAGGUAUGUUUACCCUCUUCCUCUUUAUCCACAUUCUGGCACUGGUAUAUUAACAACUCUAAAAUUCUGUUCAUGAUAGAACUAUAUUAAUUGUAUAACCUUCAGUGUUAUGAUGAUUGCUGGAGAUAACAAAAUAUGAGCCCAAUUUUAUGAAUGUGGGAGCUGAGAAUUAUACAGUUCACCAGUUCCAACUGAUCAUAUAAAUAUGGACGUGUCAUCAAAAAUUAGUUUGCUAUGAAAAUAAGAUUUCUAUUUUAAAAAAGGCUCUUUACUUGUCCAAUAUUGUUAGGAUUAGGCCAAAAUUGAAAAUAAUGAUAAGACAUUCUGCUUCAGAAUGUUUACAAAGUUUCCAUAAAGCUCAGCAUUAGUCUGCUCAGGUGCCAUAACAAGGUACUGCAGACUCAGCAGCAUAAGAAAUAGAAAUUUAUUUUUUCACAAUUCCGGAGGCUAGAU